AUGAAGAAGGUGUUCUCCCGCUUCGAAACGGACGGGGACGGCAGGAUCUCGCCCUCGGAGCUGGCGGCCGUGUCGCGCGCCAUCGCGCCGCCGGCCACCGAUUCGGCAGGGGGCCGGGAGGUGGCGUCCAUGAUGGAUGAGCUCGACACCGACCGCGACGGCUACGUGGACCUCGGCGAGUUCGCCGCCUUCCACAGCCACGGCCGCGGGGAGCGCGAGCUGGACGCCGAGCUGCGCGAUGCCUUCGACGUCUACGACAUCAACGGCGACGGCCGCAUCUCCCAUGCCGAGCUCAGCAAGAUCGUGUCCCGGAUCGGCGAGGGUCUACUUGUUCUUGGCGUGUUGGUGAGGAGAAGGGAACGCGGGGAGCUGCCCGCGCGGCGCUUCGAGGCCCUCGCCCGCUCACGCCGCGCCGCCUCGCUCGCGCUCUCCAACCGCAAGGAGAUCGCCACCUCGCACCUCGGCGCCGUCAACUUCCUCCAGGUCCCCUUCUCCCCCCUCGUUCCUCCAAUCGCACCCCUAUCACUGCCUCCCCAACCUUACGCCCCCGCAUCAGCUGCGUGUAGCGCACAGAUCAGCAACAGUAUUGAUUUUGCGUGUUAA